CCUGAUCAGCAACGGCGAGACGGACAUGAUCAGAACUUCACCCACUCCCGUCUGUAUAGCUGCUGUAGACCAUCCUGGCGCUCGCCUUGCCGAAUGCAGAGCCGCGCGCCAGGUCAUCUAGCAUGCCAAAGUAGUCGAGGCGGGGUGGUAUGAUGCGUGCUAACGUCUCCAUGGUGUCGCCUAGUGUCUAUGCCGAUCGGAAUCAGGUCGAAAGAGUGGCAAUCUCGCAAGGAAGAAAGAGCGCGGGGUAAAGAUUGCCGUGACGUCGAAGGAACGGCGACUUUGCCGAGAGAACACGAUCGAUCAUUGGAAUAUUGACGAUCAGCAGGAAGCCUCGGUCAGCUUGCGAUUACGUCAAAGAGAGCAGCGAGAUGGUCGAACGGAAGCUCUGCGUCGCUGGUUUGGCACUUACCGUCUACGCCGAGCAAAACCUCGAGAGCAGGCAAGACUAUGUGCUCAUAUUCCUUCUCCACGGACGCACUCACUCGCAGGAGCACUGCCGCGAGCUUGCACAGGCUAUACUUGCGCAACCCCUGCAACCUGAGGAUUCCGUACAACGAGUGAUCAUCACACUAGACCACCGGAACCACGGUACGAGAGCCGUCGACAAGCUUCGCAAUGCCAGCUGGCUCGAUAUGAACGGAAACCUUGCCAAUGCUACACACGCACUAGACAUGACAGGCAUUCAGACCGGCACAGCUUUGGACAUCAUCCAGCUCAUAGACUUCUUGCCCGCCUAUCCACUCUUCAACCAAGCGCGCUGCAUCAAUUACGGCGUCGUGGGCAUCUCGCUCGGCGGCCAUACGGCCUGGCACUUGCUCAGCAGAGAGAAGCGCAUACGGUGCGCUGUACCUAUCAUAGGAGGUCCCGACCCAUUGAGACUGCUCGAGGAUCGAGCCGCGAAAACGCAAGCCUUACUGGUCAAGACAUCCUCUUCAGUCGCAUUCGACGGCUUGACCGACAUAGAGAGGGAAGUGAUUAGGCGUUGGAUACCAUUAGAGGAGCUCUCCAGCUCAGAUCUCGCCGGCAAGCAUGUCUUGACGGUCCGCGGUGGGCGAGAUACACUGGUUCCGUACGAGGCCAGUGGACUGGCUAUAGCUACCACUAAGUUUGCGCACUUGGGGAAUGUCGAGCACUUCUGUGAUCAAGAAGCAGGCCACGAAGUCACGCCAGCGAUGAUCGCAAAGGUCUCGCAGUGGCUUGCUAUCCAGUCCAAUAUCAUGUAAUGGUCAGAUUGCUACAAUACACCACGAAUUUUGUGCACGUGCAGGUCGCCUUCCAUUCCGAUAGUUGCCACUCAGUGCAACCCAAUCACUUUGCCCGUAGAACCGCGACAUAUCGAAGUG